AUGACGCAACUCGUUGAUCAGCAACAACAACAAUUCGCCAUGAGCAAUGGAGGGACGAGUCGAGUAACAACAACAACCAUUUCAUCGUCGUCUUCUUCUUCAGAUUCUCCUCGAUCGUUCCAACAACAACAACAACAACAAGCACUCGUGUUAUAUGAUUACGAUGCAACAUCUUCGAAUGAAAUGACCAUACGAGAACAUCAAAUCAUUUAUGUGAUCAAAUACGAAGAUGAUUGGUCACUUUGUAAAAAUCCACAAACCUCACAAUUAGGAUAUGUUCCAACUGGUUAUAUUCAACUUAUUGUAAAGCCACAAAUGAAACCACCAAACUCACAACAACGAUCACCCAAUUUGACGAGAAAGAAUAUCCAACCAUCGGAACAACCAAAUAACAACAACAGUGUGUUGAGCACAUCGUCGUCGAGUACCAAUGUCAAAUCUCUUCACAACAUUGAACAGUCACAACAACAAUUUGUUGGCAAUGUGAAUAGUGUGAACAAUCCUAGUAGUAGUAGUUUUACAAUCAAUGUCGAGCAAUUUCAAAAUAGAAAAACAGAACCACUGGUUGAUUCUUCGAUAUCCAUUAGAAAAACAAAAAAGAAUCAACAACAAGGAGGAUCAAGCUCACCAAGAAACUCUCCAAAUAUUUUCACAGUUGGAAAUCCAUCCAAUAGUGGAAAUCCUCAUCAAGGAAAAACAACCAAGUCUGCUGCAUCGAUAAGUGCAUCUACACAAAAUAACACUGGUGGAUCUGUCACACCUCCAGGAGAUGAUUAUCCAGAAAGUGUUGACAACAAAUUGGGAAAUUUCACAAGUGUGAAAGAGCGAAUCAAGUUGUUACAAGAACAGAAAUUAUCAUUAACCAAUGUUGCUGGUUCCACAGUUGGCAAUUCCAGUCUCACUCCAAACACACCUACCAUCAAUGUUAGUAAGACUAAUACUACUACUAAUGCUACUACUACGAUUAAUCAUACCAUUUCCACACCACCACAACCAGUGAAUUCAACCACGGCAGAACUGAAAAAACGAAUGCCUCAAACUCAAUUGAAUUAUACCGCCAACACUGCUACUACUACUACUUCAGUUAGUACUUCUGGAAUGACACCAAGAGAAAAGAAUGAAAAAUCAUCCACUCCUUCUGUGACCUCAUCGAAUGAAAAGUCAUCCACUCCACAAAAUAAUAAUAACUCUUCGGCUGUCACAACACCUCACGUAAGCAUUAGACCUCCAAAACCAAAAGGAUAUCAAAACAAACAUGGAGAACAAUCGAAUGUCUCUACAAGUUCUACAACUCCAGCUUCCUCAACAACAACAAAUACUGGAAUUCACUCAGUGUCACAAACAUCAUUUGGAUCAACACCUCCAAUGAGUAAUCAUGCCAUGCUUUCAACAAGUCCAACUUCAACAUUUUUAUAUGGAGCUGUUCCAAUAUUACCAAUUGCAACCAAGACUCAACCUUCUCGUCAAGUAGACGAGUCUUAUAACAUGUCAACAGCAUCAUCAUUAGAAAAUCCAUCCGAUCAAGAUGGAAAGAGUCCUCAAGAUGAAAAGAAGAAAUUCUCAAUCAAGAUUGGACGAGGACUCUCAAAGGCGCUUAAAUUUAACAAACAACCAACACAUUCAUCACCAACUCCACCAACCAAUGAAGAUGCAGAUGAUGAAGAUGCUCUUCCAAAUAUUCCUGUUGACAGUUAUACAAAAUCGACCAAUAAGGUUGAUUCUUCUCAACCACAUGGUGACAUACCUUCUCCUGCUCUUCAUUCUCACACUUCUUCAGAGGCGUCAAUCAUUGUGAAAAGUAAUAGUUCAUUGAGUUCAAAAGAUCUUGAAAAUCCAGAAGUGUCAGAUAAGAGAAAGACACUUCCUGUAAAUAUGAAAUCAGAACUAUUCCAAAAGAUGCAUUCACAAUUGAAGCUACAACCAGGACAACCACCAAUGCAUCUUCCAAAUAACUCGACAUCCACUGGAACAGUAUCAUCGGCGACAACUUCUAGUACAAUUACCUCAUCUGAGGAGAAUGACUAUUUGAUUGUGACAUCUCCGCCCAUUGUGAAACCAAUGCCAUCCAUUCCUUCACAAGUUCAACGAGAUUAUGUCAAGAUUUUAAGUGAAAAAUUGAGAUCUUAUCGAAAACUACAAGCAAUGAGAAAUUAUCUCCAAAAACAUGAAUCUCUGAAGAAUGCAAGAAUUAGAAAACAAAAAUUACUGGAAAUUGUGAGCACGGAAAGAGAUUACGUUCAAAAUAUUCACAUUUGUGUUGAUGAAUUCCUGAAACCAAUGAAAGCAAAUCCUAAAAAGUAUGGUGUCACAGAAGACGAAUUAGAUAUUCUAUUCCUCAAUAUUAAUCAAAUUUUGCAAUGUAAUCAAGUGUUAUUGCAAAAGUUAAAUGAACAAGUGAACGACCAUCAACAAGGAAAGACUUCUUGUGUCAAAUUUGGAAUUGUUUUCAAAGAAAUGGCAGUAUGGUUUAAAUUAUACACAGAUUAUAUCAAUAAUCAUGAGUUGGCAACAACCACCCAUGAUGUGCUGAUGGAAAAGAAGAAGAAAUUUGCUGCAUUUAUGGAAAAGCAACAAAACAAUCCCAAAUGCAAGAAUUUACCACUUGCAGCUUAUUUAAUUCAACCUGUUCAGCGUAUUCCUCGUUACAGACUCUUACUGGCUGAUGUUAUCAAAUUAACGCCUGAGGAUCAUGUGGAUUAUGAAGAUUUACAGAAAGGUUAUCAAGCCAUUUUAGAUAUUGCAGAUUGGGUCAAUGAAAGAAAACGAGAAAAUGAAAAUCAAAAUUCAUUGGCAAAACUUCAACUUAAAAUUACAGAUAUCGAACAAAAACAAGUGUUCUUACCUCACAGAAAGUUAAUAUCAAAAACAGACACUCUCAAAAUAACACUCACUUACAAGGAACAUGACGCUGAUUUUGACAAGUAUCUCACCAUUAACAGGCCAUCCACAGCUUAUCUAUUUCCAGAUAUGCUGAUCGUAUCACUUGGAGAAACUCCACAAGGGGAAAAUACUUCACAACUUGUCUCUCUUCAACAAUUUGCAAAGAUCAUUACAAGAGAGAAUCUUGUCAUGGUAUUCUUUGUAUUUAUCAAAAUUUUGAAGGUUGAAUACAUGCAACCAACAGAAGAGCAACAAGAGAGUGACAAUGCUGUUCCAAACAUCAUACAAAUUGCAUUCCAAUUGAAGGGUCGAGAACUCUUUUUGGAACUUAAUUUAGAGAGUUGUGAUCAUCACUUCUCAAAGAAGAUUCUUUCAUACAUGCAUUCUUGUAAGAAGAAUAUUGGUGCUAAAAUUGGAAUGGAUCCAGAACAAUUCUAUGGGGUGGCUUCGAAUUUCCAAAGUCUCAUGAGAGAAAUUCCAGAACUCAAAGAACAAAUGAAAAAGAAACGAGAAAAGGCGAACAAAAUUCAGAACGAGGUUCAAGCCAUGACAAACGAUAUUGCAAGAAAAGAGGAAGAGGUUCGACGACUGCAGCAAGAAAUUGAACAAUUGAAAUAUCAGAAAACUUAUUCUCUCAAUGAGUUACACGAUGCAGAGAGAGAAGCACAAGUCAUAUCCACAGAUUAUAGAGAAGCUUCUGAAGAAAAGAAUCAAGUGCAAGAAACAGUGUUUAGCAUUAUUGGUCAGGAUUUAUUCCUCUACACGGAAGUAUUUGGUACCUCAAAUCGACAAAAACCAGAAGAUAUUAACAUAGUACUCGAGUAA